AUGACGAAGACCUUUUUAAAGGUCCUGCCUGCUGCCAGUAGUGUUGGUACUGCUGAACACACGAAAUUCUGCACGCAGUACGAGAAGGAGCUCGCCAUCAAGUUGCACGAUCAGAACGCGAAACCAGCCGAACCGUGCUAUUGA